AAGAGCUCUCAACUUCAAUUGGCUUUGAAUUUCCACAUCAACGAGACUUUUUUGGAUGCAUAGCUAGUUAUGGAAGAAAGAGGAGGGGUUUUAUUCAAGGGUAAUAAUAAGGUCCAAUUAGCAUAAGAGUUACAAACAAGGCACCGGCACCAGCCUCAGCCUCACAAACAAAAGUCUUUGCACAAAGAAGACCUUUGCCUUUUGUCAUUUAAUUUAUUCGUCAUCAUCGUCAAGUAUUUCAGUCUUUCAGAUUAAAUAAAAUAGAAGAAGCAGGAGAAACCAUAAGACUUUAUAUUCCAGAGAGAGAGAAAGAGAGAGAAGAUCAUGGGGAGGGCUCCUUGUUGUGAUAAGGCAAAUGUGAAGAAAGGGCCUUGGUCUCCGGAGGAAGAUUUGAAGCUUAAGGACUACAUAGAGAAGAAUGGGACUGGAGGCAAUUGGAUUGUUUUUCCUCAAAGAGCUGGCCUGAAGAGAUGUGGGAAGAGCUGCAGAUUAAGAUGGUUAAACUAUCUGAGACCCAACAUUAAACACGGGAAGUUCUCUGAUGAGGAAGAUAGGGUAAUCUGCACCUUGUUUGCUGCCAUUGGAAGCAGAUGGUCAAUAAUAGCAUCUCAACUACCUGGAAGAACUGACAAUGAUAUCAAGAAUUACUGGAACACCAAGCUCAAAAAGAAACUCAGGAUCUCCAUGGCUCCUCCUCCUCCUCCUCCUCCUUGUUCAAUCCACCACAAGAUAAAACCACCUACCAGUGCACCAUUGCCAUUAAUCCCAUCUCAUCAUCAAACCUCCUCAUCACUUGCUCCAUUAUAUAAAGAUUGCACCCCAUCCAAUAUAUCAUCAUCAGAUCUUUGGAAAUACCCAAUGACAAACACUUCUGAUUCUCCUUCACAAUUUCAAUUUCAAGAUGGUGGGUCAAUGAUGAGUAGAUAUUGUUAUCCAAACAGCAGGAAGGAAAAUAUGGUCAUUUUUGGAAGUAGUGAAGCUUACAGUUCCUCUGAAUGUAGUAGUUAUAAUGGGACCAGAGAGAUAAAACAAGAAGACUUGGUUACUCUGCAGUCAUGUUGUUAUAACAAUAGCAUGUCAUCACCAACUGCGUUUGAAGACAACAACAAUAAAAACAAGGUGUCAGGUCACAAUGUGAACCAGCUGCAGUACUGGACAGACAAGGCAACAAAUGGGCUUUAUGGAGAGAGUACUGCUCCUCCAUUAUUGGACUAUGAUGUUAAGCAACAACUGAUUAGCAGUUGUUGUACUAGUAACAUUAACAACCGGUUCAACUUCAUUGAAGAAAACAAGACAGAAGUAGAGAAUACCAUGUAUAAUUAUUACUACUAGUACUGACUCAAUUCAC